CUAACCAACCAACCAACCUAAUGUCAUUGUCAUUUCUCCAAGGAAACGGGUUAAAGUGAAUUUGAGUAAAAUCGUUAUUUAUCGUUAUUUUCGCUCUCGCUCGUUCCCCCACUGUGACGUCACGCCGGUAACCACGCCCCCAUCCCGCGACAGCCCCGCCGAGUCUUGGGGGUCGUGCGCGCGCGCGCGCCGCUGUAUCCAUCCUCCCUCCUGGCGCAGGCGGCACGUUCACGAGUCGAUCAGAGACGCAACAACAACAACAAUAAUAAUAAUGCAUCAUCGCAAUUUUUGUUAUCAACAAUACUGGAGGAAUUGAAGAGGACACGGGAGCAAGAAGAAAACACACGUCCGUUUUCUCUUUUCUUCGUUGCAAAGGAGUGAAGAAUGAGGCGUCAGUGAGCAGCAAGGACGAGGCGGACAUGAGCGAGCCCUCGUGGCUGGCAGCCGACGCCGGAGCCACGUCGCAGCUCAGCCGAGCCGAUAGCAUGCGCCACAGUCCCAACAUCGCCGGCAACAGGGAGGACGACGAUGAUUCAUCGUCCGAGAGCGGCAGCGGCCUUCCCACCCUGACGCCUCCGUCGUCCUCCUCGGCCGCCGCCGCCGCCAGGGAAGCCGAUGUUGUCAACGGCAACUGUGGCCCCGCCCCGCUCGACUUCAGCACGCCCACGUCCUGGUCCUCGUCUUCCGAGGACCAGCAGAUUGUCAACCUGAGCGAGCCGCCCCCUCAGAAGGCGCCGCUGGGCCCUUCUCACCUGCCCGUCACCGUGUCGGCGGCGGCCCUGCUCGGCGCCCUGCAUCCCACCGUGUCCGAGGAACUGCGUAGGAAGUACCCGCUGGCCGCUAAAGCUCCGCUGGCUACGCAUCCUGCCUUGCCGGUGCCUCGUGCGCACAUCCCGCGCACGCACGCCUUGCUCGGCAGCGAUCUGCGACUGGAGCGCGACUACGGCGGCAAGUCUCCCGUGUACAGUUCCGGCGGCAGCUACGACAGCGUCAGAAUGGAGCCGAGCGCCGAGGACCUGAGCGCCGGCCGUCUCGGAGGCCCCGUCGCCCCCGACGACGACGACGACGAGCACGACGAACACGACGACAGCGACAAGAUCAACGACGCGGAGGGCGUCGACCCGGAGCGGUUGAAGGCCUUCAAUAUGUUUGUGCGUCUGUUUGUGGAUGAGAACUUGGACCGGAUGGUUCCCAUCUCCAAGCAGCCCAAAGAGAAGAUUCAGGCCAUCAUUGAGUCCUGCAGCAGACAAUUUCCAGAAUUCCAAGAACGCGCCCGCAAGCGCAUUCGCACCUACCUCAAAUCCUGCCGACGCAUGAAGAAGAAUGGCAUGGAGACCCGUCCCACCCCGCCUCACCUCACCUCCGCCAUGGCGGAGAACAUCCUGGCCGCCGCCUGCGAGAGCGAAUCUCGCAACGCUGCCAAGAGGAUGCGCCUGGAUGCCUAUCACGAUGAGCAGAUCUCGCUGGACAAAGCGUCCAGCGGUAGCGGCGCCACGAGGGAGCCGGCAUCACUUGUUCCCUCCGCCUACUCGCUGGCCGCGUCCGCCUUCUCCAACCAAGAGCCGCAAGUUUACAUCAACGGCGCCGGCCUCAACUACGGUUACCGUGGAUACCUGGGCGGCGCCGUUUCCCUGACGACUGGCGCCGCCGCUCAGAGCAACGGCCCCACAGACCUCAGCAUGAAGUCGCUCUCGUCCGGCAACGUGGCCACCGCCGCCGCCAACCACUGUCCGGGCGGGCGGGGCGGGGCUUCGGCCCAACUCAGUCAACCGGAGAUCGCGGCUGUGCGUCAGCUGAUCGCCGGAUACCGGGAGUCGGCGGCCUUCCUGCUGCGCUCUGCCGACGAGCUGGAGAACCUCAUCCUUCAGCAGAACUGAAGUGCACACUCACACACAUCUUCGAAAAUGUGGGAGAAGUUUGAAGUCGAGUAUUUGUAACAAGAGGCGAUCCCCUUUUCCUCACAAUCAGCUUGAGCCUCCGAUGAAGAGCGACUUUGCCGCCCCGCUCCAACAGCCACUCGAGCGCAUGGGCUUGUACAUAGAAGCACUUAUCCCGCUAACUAACCUUCCCGCUACUUCAUAUGCACCUCGAGCGCCUGUUGACCAGAGCAGGAAAUACCUCAAUCAUCCGCUUCCUGCCCCGCUGCUGUAAAUACUCAGCUGAAGAUGCGGAGGAUGAUGACACGUGUGUCUACCGUUUGUGUGUGCUCAAUGCUAACGACUACUCCUUUAUUACCUCUUACGCUAACAUGGUCGUCACAUCACUUCGGACCUCGUCCGUCCGUCCGUCUCUUCUCGAUGGACCUAAAGCUCCUGCAGGCCUCCUCCGCUGGGAUAUUGCUGCUAAAACGAGAGGCGGCGCUUCAGACACGGACACCCGCGAGACCUCACAAAUGGCGACGAUGACAGACCACCAAAAGCUUUCUUGGGUUACAUGUCUUUUUUUGGACGGAUCGGCAACAAGUCGCAACAUCUACGUUAUUGGCUGCCGGGCGUUGUCUGGAUAAGCCAAUGAGCAGCCUCGGAGGAGAAACGUUAGCUUAGCUUAAAGUUGUAUGAUUUGAUUUUAAAAACUGCCAAAAACAGUCCACCAUUAAGUUGGUUUGACAUUGUACAGCAGCAAGUCAGCAAGUUGUGAUUCGAUGUCACGAAUGUCUGUCGUCUUACAAGAUUGAAUUAGCUUGGUCCGGAUCAGUCAGUGAGCAGCCUUGUUUUGUCGUGAGGAGAACGUUAGCUUACUUUAAAGUUCACUAAUAUGGAUCAGUCAGUGAGCAGCCUUGUUUUGUCGUGAGGAGAACGUUAGCUUACUUUAAAGUUCACUAAUAUGGAUCAGUCAGUGAGCAACCUUAACUUGUGAGGCGAAAGUUGCUUUAACUUAAACUCAUUUUUACAGCUAUCUUUAAGUCUGCACUUCGUACUCUCAUUGUCCUCUCGCCUCAUCUUCCAGCAUGGCUAUAAAGUUAGCUUGGCUUCAAAUGGUAUCGUUGAAAACAAAUUUGAAACGUGUAUACACAUUGUACAGCCGGUCAUUGAGUAGAUUAAAAGCAACAUAACGUUGUCUUCUCAAAGUACAAUGCCUUCCUAUGGAUAAGAUGGGGUUAUGCUCACGUAAGCUACUAACCGGUGUGAACAAAUAACCAUCAACGGAGGUGGCCAUUUUGCUAUCGGGUGAAUUUGUGUUUAACAUUGAGCUUUUUUGUUGUUUUCGCUAAAAAGACAAACUAUGUUGCCCCCACCCCAACCCCAGGGCUAUAAUAUUAAUAUGCUGCCUUUGCACUUAACUAGUUUGCGUCUUUUCUCAUCAGUUGUGAGGAGGUAAAAAAAACAUUCUCCUUUGAUUAAAUCCAACAUUGAUGUUACCAAGGAGUCAUCCAUCCCGAGGUCACACGAAGCUAAGAUAACCGAUGCAAACAAAUCCGAAAAUGAAAGUUGUGACUCUGCUGACACUUUAUGCUCACUAUUGAGUUUCAUGUGCGAAAACAACAAUUACAAAAAUGAACCGAUGGGACAGAGAGGAUUUAAAAGAGCGACUUGUUUCCGACUGUGAUGUUUUUAUUUUGUGGUGGAAAGGGGGCAGGUGGUGCGCGUCGCACUAGCUUUUGUUAUUGUUUUUAUUUUUUUUACACACAAUGCAGCUGAUAAUCACACCGCUCCCUCGACACUGCGAAAAGUUAACAAUUGCGAGAGCAAAGAGAGUUAAUGUGACUUGUUGGCUUUGUGGAACAUUCCCGAUUUGAACUGUGAAGAAUGUUUUUGUUAUUGUUUGAUUUUUUUUCACAAAUAUGCAAAAAAGAGGGGAGAAUGAGGAAGGAUGCGAUCAAGUCACAUGAUUCGUGUGACACUGCGCUACAAUCAGGUUCUAAAGGUUCGAAGCCAGGUGUUGGGAAAAUAUGGCCUGGGGUCACAUAUGGUAUAAUCCGUUCUUUCAUUCGAAUAAUCAUUAGAAUUUGUUGCAUUCAUUAAUAAAUCUUUUCCUAAAAUUGGUUUUAUUAAAUUGGUUCAUUGGAAGAAUUAUUUUAUUAAAGAAUUGGUAAGUCAUUGAAUUAGUGAUCAAAACAAGCCAAAAGAAGACGUUUCAUUUUGAUUAUAUUGUACAUACACAUUUAAAUUGGUUUGAUUUGUAUCCCUGCAUGAAUGACCUGGCCCAUUUAUGCAAUGUCAAAAUCAAAUGUGGCCCUUGAGCACAAAGUUUGUCCACCCUUGUGCUAAGCAUUUGUGCUUGUUCAAAAUAGAACCAGAACAUAUUCAAAGUAAGAACAGUGUUAGUCUCAAUCCACUAAGGCAAACGUAAAAUAACAAGCAAAGGACAAUCUUUGCCAAAUUCUAAAUUGCUGUUUUGAAUAGAAUUUUUACUAGUAAACUCCACCUCCUGAUGCCAGAUUGUUUUUUAUUUCCAAAAUCAACUUUGUGAUUUUUUUUUAAACAAUAUAUUUUUUUAUAUACAAUGUUCGACAGUGUUUGCAUUGUGAAUUGUUGCCCGGGUGCAUCCCACGUCAUGCUUUCCUUGA